GUGGCUGCUCGGUACAUGGACAUCAAGGGGAAAAAGGGGCCUGUGGGGAUGCCCAAAGAGGCAACCUGUGACCGCUUCAUGUGCAUCCAGCAAGGCUCAGAGUGCGACAUCUGGGACGGGCAGCCUGUCUGCAAGUGCAAGGACAGAUGUGAGAAGGAGCCGAGCUUUACCUGCGCCUCUGACGGGCUCACCUACUACAACAAGUGCUACAUGGAUGCGGAGGCCUGCAUCAAAGGCAUUACACUGAACGUGGUCACCUGUAGGUACCAUCUCACCUGGCCAAACACCAGCCCCAUCCCCCCAGAAACAACGGCUCGCCCUACCACCGCCUACUCCGAGACAACAGUCGUCGAUAUCCUGCCACCUGCGCUGGUGAACAACCCUGUCCGUCAGUCCGUCUACGUGGGAGAGACCGUCAGCUUCCUCUGCGACGUCUCGGGGAGACCCAAGCCAGAAAUCACAUGGGAGAAGCAGGUCGAUGGGAAGGACAAAGUCAUCAUGAAGCCAAACCACGUCAGAGGGAACGUCGUGGUCACCAACAUCGCCCAGCUGGUCAUCUACAACACGCAGCUGCAGGAUGCAGGAAUCUAUACCUGCACUGCCCAGAACAGUGGUGGCCUCCUCCGGGCAGAUUUCCCUUUGUCAGUCAUCAGAGGAGAGCCCACAUCCAAGGAAGCUUCCCAGAACAAAACACAUUUCCCAACCGACGAGUGCCUGAAGCAGCCGGACAGUGAAGACUGUGGGGAAGAGCAGACCAGGUGGUACUACGAUGCCAAGAAAAACAACUGCUUUACUUUCAUCUAUGGGAACUGCAACAGCAACCUCAACCACUUUGAGACCUAUGAGAGCUGCAUGCUAACGUGCAUGAAUGGCCCCAUCAACAUCUGCAACCUGCCUGCCCUUCAAGGGCACUGCAAGGCCUACGAGCCCAGGUGGGCCUACAACAGCUUGACAAAGGAGUGCCAGUCCUUUAUCUACGGCGGGUGUGGAGGCAAUGAGAAUAACUUCGAGAGCCGGGAGGCCUGUGAGGAGAUGUGCCCCUUCCCAAAGAACACGCACUGCAAGGCCUGCAAACCCCGCCAGAAGCUGGUGACCAGCUUCUGCAAAAGCGACUUUGUCAUCCUGGGCCGCAUCACGGAGCUGACCGAAGACCAAGACUCUGGACACGCCCUGGUGACGGUGGAGGAGAUUCUCAAGGAUGAAAAAAUGGGAUUAAAAUUCCUGGGGAAGGAACCACUAGAAAUCACGCUUUUGAACAUGGACUGGAGCUGCCCAUGUCCCAACAUGACCACAGUGGAUGGCCAGCUGAUCAUCAUGGGGGAUGUCCACAAUGGCAUGGCCAUCCUACAGCCAGACAGCUUUGUGGGCACCUCCAGCAUCCGGCGUGUGCGCAAGCUCCGCGAAGUCAUCCACAAGAAAACCUGUGAGCUUUUGAAAGAGUUCCUGGGAUUGCAUUAACCUCCCUCACAUGCGUGAGCUGCCCUGAUCCGUGUGUUAGUAGGGCUAACAAGUGCUAGGCUAGUGCCAAACUAAACACACUGUUUGAAGAUACACUGUAGGAAUUAUGUGGAACCCCUAUUUUAAUCCAUUAAUGAUGCUUAGCAACAAAAUAGUUUGGUCUUUGGCAGGCAUGUAAACCAGCAGCAAAAGGCCAUUAAUCUUGCAUUGAAAUCAAUUUCUCCACAUAGGAGUGCCAUUUAACUAGGUGACUCACUUCAGCAAUUAUAAAACUUUUAUCUAGCUUCCAUCAUAAAUGACAGAAUUCAUAGCGUUUGUUUGGCUACACAGCUAAGAAAUAUAUAAUGCCAAUUUAAUCUGUCUCAGUUUCAGUCUGAUUCGUUGUUUUAAGUCACACGCUUGGCUUCUUACAGCAGCACUAAUAUUUCAAGAGAAAAGCCUAUAAAUUAUUGUCUCUAUUUACAAUUGUGCACAUUUAAC